AUGGACAGACACCAUCGCCACCCGCAACAAAACCAAAAUCCUCAUCACCAGCCUUUACAUCCGCAUUUACUUCAGCAUCAACAGCAACAGCAUCAACAGCAUCAACAACAGCAGCAGCAUCAACAGCAGCAUCAACAGCAGCAUCAACAGCAGCAACAACAGCAGCAGCACCAAUAUCAGCACCAGCAGCACCAGCAGCUCACCCCACAACAGCAACAACACCAUCAGCAGCAUCAGCAGCAGCAGCAACUGCCACAGCCUCUACAGCAUCAGCAGCAACAGCAGCCUCUCCAGCAGCAGCACCAGCAGCACCCAGGCCUCCAAAUAGACCCUAGACUUCACCACCAGCAACAGCAGCAGCAAUCGGACGUGCCUUCCCCACAUCAUCCUCAUGCUCUUCGCCCGUUACAGUCAGCGUCACCAGCCUCAUCAACCCCAUCGCCUGCUGGCUACCAUCCUAACGUAGCCCUACCGAAUCUGCACGGCGUGAAUCCGGGUGGGCCUUUAGGCCAGAAUACCAAUAGCCAACCCCAACCGCAGAGUGGGCCUUCUCCACAUAUGCAGCAGUAUCAUCACCCACUUGCCCCUCAUCCCCACCCCCACCCGCAGUCGAACCCAUCGUUGCAGCAGCACCAAAACCCGCACCAGAACCAGAACCAGCACCAGCACCAGCACCAGCAUCAGCCACAGUCCCACCCACCCAUCCAGUCGCUGCAGUCUCUUCCUCCUCAACAACGCCCUCAGAAUGUUGUACCUCAACGGCAAAACCCUGUACCUCUGCGUCCAAUGCCCCCGCCGCCACUCUCUGCAGCCCCGUCGUCAGGCAUGCAGGUGACUGCCUCGCCCACUCUAUCGUCUUCGUCGUCUUCCCCCUCAGGCCCGCAACCGAUAUCUGUAAAUCCGAACCAGCCUGGUGUGAUAGUCGGCGGACGUCAGGUCUUGCCUAAUGUGGUGAGUUCAGGGCCGUCACCCACAGUGGUGCCAGGAACUGCGGGUCCGCCCCCGCCCCCGCCUAAUCCUCGCCCCGCGAAUGCGCGAGCAUCUACCAACAGUGGGAUCACUCCCGGCGCCACUAGUCAAAUCACUCCAGUAAAGGACCAAGACGGCAAAUUCCCAUGUCCCCACUGCCCUAAGACAUACCUGCACGCCAAGCAUUUGAAGAGGCAUCUCUUACGGCAUACCGGUGAUCGUCCUUACCAGUGCCUUUUGUGCAAGGAUACAUUUUCUAGAUCGGAUAUCUUGAAGAGACAUUUCCAAAAAUGUUCCAUCAGGAGGGGAAACCCUACAGGCGCAACCCAUUUAAGUCAUGCUCAUGCUCACCAGCAGGGAAAACAAGCAAACAAUCAGAAAAAUACUGAUGCCGCAUCUAUUUCGACACCUUCGACAGUCGCGGAUGGAUUGUCGCCCAGCGCAACGUCACCCGGGGCCCUUGAUUCACGAGAGGAGGGCGGUUUGUUACCACCUACAAGUUUUGCGGAGCAGGUUGGAGGAGUGGGCCAGACAGUUGGAUAUGCAUCAGAGGGCUUUAACUUUCCCCCACCCGCACAUCCCCAGGCCCACAUGGCGCAACAGGGACAUCAACAACAGCAGGCAAUUGUAGCAUCACAGCAGCGACAGCCUCAGUCAGCAGCCCCUCACCAACAGCCCCCUCGCCAAUUAACAAAUGUUUCACAGCCACCAACAAGCACAGUGGGACGCCGACAACGACUGCAAGUAUCGAGCACUCAGCGGGAGGAGGAACAGGAGGGAGUGCGUUUACAAUAUAUAAUGCAUUUCGUCCACCUGUUCUUUCUCAACUUCCAAGGACAUUUCCCGAUGAUCCACCUCCCGACAUUCAACAUCACCCUCAUCUAUGACGGGUUGUUGAUGGCGAUAAUUUGCAUUGGUGCUGUUUACGCAGAGGGGGGUAUUAGUGUCGACCAGGUACGGACGUUGAUUGAUAAGUCAUUUGAAGCUAUGGAUAGAAACGAAGCGCCACCCGGGCCGCUGGAGAUUGAAGAAAUUCAGGCAAGAUAUUUUCUUCAUGUCUUGGCAACCUGGCAUGGUCAUCUUCAUCAACGAGAAGAUUCACGACGAAAAUAUGGAAAGGUUAUUCAGAAGGCCAGACGGGCGGGUCUUUUCCAGCCCUUGUCACCGAGUAACCCUGGCACUGGCACCGCGGGCUACAGUAUAUAUCACCAACUUGACGAUCAACCAAUCAGAGGCAACUGGAAUUGGAAUGCAUGGCUCGAGCAAGAAAAGCGAAAUAGGGUCAUGUUUGGUAUAUUCCUUUUGAAUUCGGCGUUUGUUAUCUUUUUCAAUUCACCACCCCAAAUCCAGCCCAAUGAAAUACGACUACCAUUGCCAGCUGAUGAUGCCGCCUGGGAAGCUCGUGAUGCAAAUGAGUGCGCCAAUGCUUUAGGGUUGAACGGGGAAAAUGGCAUUAGCCAAAACAUUGCCGGGUCUCGGCAGGUACGGCAGCCAGAGUUUAUCCUCGCCCUUAGAUCGUUGCUACAGAUGCAUCUAGACUUCAACCCGGGUACGACGAACGCUUAUUCGAAAUUCAUCCUCAUCCAUGCCUUGCAUGUGCAUAUUUGGACAACACAAAAGUUGAUGUCGAACGCAUCAGAAAUGGGUAUCGGCAAACAGAUAGGUAGCACGGCAAGAGUUGGAACAGGUGAAUGGAAGCUGGAUGGCCAAAACAGGAAUGGUUCUGGCACGCCCGAGGGCUUUGGAGAUAGCGAAAUGGCGAUGUCGGAUGCAGCAAAGGCAGUCAGGAUCACCCAAUAUGCGCUGGAGAAAUGGAAGAGGGCUUGGGAUACGGACCUUGCAACACAAUACCCUUCGCCCGAGUCCAGGAAAGGGUUUGGAAGAGAUGGAGUGCCAUUCUAUCUUUUGGGAAAGUUAUACUUGGCGCGGAAUAGAACCAUUGAUUGGAGGCAUGGAGUUGAUGACGACAAGACGGUCUCCAAAGUCAAGAAUAUGCUGAAGCAUGUCCAGGGGUUCAUCACGGAUGGGACCGGGAGGUUGGACUUACAGGGUGCAGUUUCUGCAAUUGACGAGGGUUUUGCGAUGGAUGAGUUGACGUACGAUAUGAAACUGCUGUUCAGGCCAAUGGAAGAGAUUGACAACAAAUCACCACUACAACAACCAAGAGAGUUGCUCCCACCUGGAAAUAACGACACAAGAGCCUUUCUUUGA